AUGCUCGUUUUCCUCAGAAUUCAAGACUCGGUUCAAAUUUGCCAGCACGUGUUCCCAAUACUCAAUCGAAUGCUUGUGCUUCGACAGAAGAGCUCCAAUCACUGUGAUGGACAAUGGAAGUCCUCGGCAAGAUUUCGCGAUUCUCUUUCCUAUUUCCUCGAAUUCGAGAUGAUGAGUUUCUUCUUCUCGAAAAACACAUUUUGUGAAAAGAUUCCAGCU